CGGCCGGGGCCAAGCGAGGUGCGCCGGGGAGCUGCUCCCCUGGGCGCGCAGUUGGCGGCCAGCCCGGGAGCUGCUUUUCUGUGCGCUCCACGCCGCGGAGAGGCCGAGAUGAGGUGCCGGCGCUGCGAAUGACGCCGGGCGGAAGGGGCAGCCUGGCCCCCGGGGACUGAGUCCGAGGGUGGCCGUGAUGGGCCCCUCUCUGAGCCGUGAGGGCGCCCGGGAGAGAGCUACGCUCCAGAUCGGACGCCGGCGGUUACUGUGAAGGGCGUCGGCCGCGGACGCCGGUUCCCUCUGGGUCUUGCUGGGGUUCGCGGGGAGCCCGCGGGGCCAUACCGUCCGGGCGAGCCCGUUAAAACCCGUGAUGCGAUGGAACCGACCUGUGCGGGCGGCUCGGCCGGGGGGUGUCGAAACCGGACUGAUGGCGCUGCCCCGUGAAGACAUGGAGGGGACACUUCUCCUUUAGGGGGAAACUCGGCCGGUACCCUCCAUGGCCGGGAAAGAUUGUUAAUCCACCCAAGGAUUUGAAGAAACCUCGUGGGAAGAAAUGCUUCUUUGUAAAGUUUUUUGGAACAGAGGAUCAGGGUCACUAUCCUGGAGCUGUGAGAGCCAGAGACACUCUGGAAGAGAGAAUGUUCUGGUAUGCCAUGGAUUUCACAAGAAAGAUUAUCCUGAUGCAUAAAACAAGUGCUGAUUGUACAACCACACUCCGAAUUGCUUGACACCGAAGGGAACUUGGAAAGCGAAUGUUGUGGUGCCCGUCUUCCAGGAACUCAGUGCCUGGAUCAAAGUGGAACAGCUAAAGCCAUACCAUGCGCAUAAGGAGGAAAUGAUAAAGAUUAACAAGGGAAAACGAUUCCAGCAAGCUGUGGAUGCUGUGGAAGAGUUCCUCAGGAGAGCCAAAGGGAAAGACCAGACAUCAUCCCACAAUUCUGCUGAUGACAAGAAUCGGCGUAAUUCCAGUGAGGAGAGAAGUAGGCCAAACUCAGGUGAUGAGAAGCGCAAGCUUAGCCUGUCUGAAGGGAAGGUGAAGAAGAACAUGGGAGAAGGAAAGAAGAGGGUGUCAUCAGGCUCUUCAGAGAGAGGCUCCAAGUCCCCUCUGAAAAGAGCCCAAGAGCAGAGUCCCCGGAAACGGGGUCGGCCCCCAAAGGAUGAGAAGGAUCUCACCAUUCCUGAGUCUAGUACCAUUAAGGGGAUGAUGGCCGGACCCAUGGCUGCAUUUAAAUGGCAGCCAACUGUGAAUGAGCCUGUUAAAGAUGCAGACCCUCAUUUCCAUCACUUCCUGCUCAGCCAAACCGAGAAGCCAGCUGUCUGUUACCAGGCCAUCACAAAGAAGUUGAAAAUAUGUGAAGAGGAGACGGGGUCUACCUCCAUCCAGGCAGCAGACAGUACGGCCGUGAAUGGCAGCAUCACACCCACAGACAAAAAGAUAGGAUUUUUGGGCCUCGGCCUGAUGGGAAGUGGCAUCGUCUCCAACUUAUUAAAAAUGGGUCACACGGUGACUGUCUGGAACCGGACUGCAGAAAAAUGUGAUUUGUUCAUCCAGGAGGGGGCCCGCCUAGGAAGAACCCCCGCUGAAGUUGUUUCAACUUGUGACAUCACCUUUGCCUGUGUGUCGGAUCCAAAGGCGGCCAAGGAUCUGGUGCUGGGCCCCAGUGGUGUACUGCAAGGGAUCCGUCCCGGAAAGUGCUACGUGGACAUGUCAACAGUGGAUGCUGACACAGUCACCGAGCUGGCCCAGGUGAUUGUGUCCAGGGGGGGCCGCUUUCUGGAAGCCCCAGUCUCAGGGAACCAGCAGCUGUCUAAUGAUGGGAUGUUGGUGAUCUUAGCAGCCGGAGACAGGGGCUUAUAUGAGGACUGCAGCAGCUGCUUCCAGGCAAUGGGGAAGACCUCCUUCUUUCUAGGUGAGGUUGGCAAUGCAGCCAAAAUGAUGCUGAUUGUGAACAUGGUCCAGGGGAGCUUCAUGGCAACUAUCGCUGAGGGGUUGACCCUGGCCCAAGUGACAGGCCAGUCCCAGCAGACAUUCUUGGACAUUCUCAAUCAAGGACAAUUGGCCAGCAUCUUUCUGGACCAGAAGUGCCAAAAUAUUCUACAAGGAAACUUUAAACCAGAUUUCUACCUGAAAUACAUUCAGAAGGAUCUUCGCUUAGCCAUUGCGCUGGGCGAUGCCGUCAACCAUCCAACUCCUAUGGCAGCUGCAGCCAAUGAGGUGUACAAAAGAGCCAAGGCACUGGACCAGUCUGACAACGACAUGUCUGCCGUGUACCGGGCCUACAUACACUAAGCCCCCACUCCCUCCCUCCCUCUGACCCCCUCUUCCUCACAUGGGGUUGGGGUCCUGGGACUUCACUCUGGACCAGUCCACCUGUCUCCAUCUCCUUUUAUACAGACUUUGAGACUUGCCAUCAGCACAGCACUACUCCUCCCCUGAAAGUCCUGGGAACCGGGGAGGUGUCAGCAGGAUUGGCCUGUAGCAAAGCUCUUGAGCUGGGCACUGGCCCCUGAACCAGGUGGCUGUGUGUUCACACAUACACACACACACACAUACACACAUAUACACCCACACUGGCUCUUACUCCAGGAUAGAAGCUGCCCGGAAACUGCUGCCUGGCUUUUUUCCCCUUCUUCCACGCUUGUCUUAUCUCAUACCCCUUCCAGUCGAGGAACUAGAAUCAGCAAUGAGAAUUGGAAGCCUUCCUGCUUCCCUCAGAGCGAAGAGGCUGUGGUCACAUUCACUUUCCCGACUGGAUCCCUUGCAGAGAGAGGCUCUGGGCCAAGAUGAACUAGUACAGACUAAACGGAGGAUCCUGUGGACCCUCCCAACCUCAGGUGACCAGCUGAUGGGGAUUGUCAUGUUUAAGCUGCCAACGUGCAACCAACUCUCCAGAAAUGCCUUUGUGAACUGAAAAGAGAUUGGCAAAGUCAAGUGAAGACAAGGCUCUGGCUUUCCAGGGAGAGCAGCAGUCAGCCUGUAGGUUGAGUCUCAUGGAAGCCUAUCUCCUCACUGCUCUUCAGCACCCAUCCUAGAAGUCGCCAUCACUACGGAGUCCUGGGCUAGGAUCAGACUUCUUGCUUUGGUGUAGGGGGCUCUCACUCCUCAACACGCUGUUUUAGUAUUUAGAUUUGCAUUCCAGCCCUUGGGAAGGGGAUCCUGAGGGCCACCAGUGAAGAGUGGGGCGGGGGGGGGCUUUCUGUUUCCUUUAUGCCACAGAACUUCAUAUGGUCCUAAAGAGCCAAUCUGACCCAGGUGCCCUCACAGUGGUCCCACUUUCCCCAGCCUGCCCCUGUACAAGUCCUCUGCAUGCCCACCUCUCUCCAUUCUCCUCCCUCUCCCCUUUUCCUCCCAUGGAAGCAGAAUUUCUUCCUCUCUCUGUCCCUUUGGCCCCGACCCAGCCUGACAAACGAUGACCAUUUCUUAGGCUCAGCUCUUGAACAGAAUGAGUGUCUUCACUUCAGCCAGCAACUUGGUGGUCUUCGGUACUUCCAGGGUCCUGAGGUCUAUCGGGAGGGAAAAGGAGAACUGGGCUUGACUGAACCUGAACUAACUGACCCUCAGAGGUGGAUCCAAGACAUCCUUGAGGACCUAGUAUAUCUCCUUGGAUAGGGGACCAGAGGGUGUUGGAAUGUGGCAAAAGAACAAGGAGAAGUCAUCUGAAGGUUGUCAAUGUCUCCCUCUGCAUGGGUUGGAUUUUCAAAGUCACACUUUGCAGAAGGUCAGCAUUUAUAGUGAAUAUAUAAUUAUAUAUAAAAAAUGAGGUGGCCACACUGGUGUGGGUCCCUUCCCCUCACAACCUUGGCUCUUUUCCACUGAUCAGAACCCAAGUCAUGGGAUCUCAGAAGACAGGAGAGGGCAGGGAAGAUGCCUGUGGGUUUUGACACAGUUGAUUUCACUGGGAUUUUGAAUUAUUUUCUCUCUGAACACAAAGCCUGUUAUAGUCCUAGCUGGACACUGGGGGGUGGGGGGCGGUUUGGGAGUAGGGGAAGAUGCUGUAAUGAAACUGUUAGUCAAUGUUGUCUUAAUAUUGUUGACAAUUCUGUAAAGUUCCUUUUUAUGAAUAUUUCUGUUUAAGCUAUUUCACCUUUGUUUUGAAAUCCUUCCCUUUUAAGGAAAAAAUGUGACACUUGUGGAAAAGCUUGUAAGAAAGCCCCUCCUCCGUCCCCCUCCUUUUUUUCUUUAAAUGACAAAUCUGGUAAUUAAGGUUGUGAAUUUUUAUUUUUGCUUUGUUUUUCAUGAACAUGUUUUUCAGAAUAGGAUUGUGUGAUAAUGUUUAAAUGGCAAAAACAAAUGAUUUUGUGCAAUUAACAAAAGGCUACUGCAAGCAGAAUAAAACGUUUCUUGGUAACCCAA